AUGAAGCUUCUGACUCAUAAUUUAUUGUCAUCAAGACUUCUUAAAGGUGUUCAAAAUGGAUAUCCAUUAAAAUUGGAAGUUUCAAAUGUUCAGAAAACACCAGCUAAAUUUGAUGAGGAAACUGUCAAAAGAAUGUAUUGUAAAAUUGAUUAUGAAGUCUUACGCCAAGCAGCAGAAGCUUGUGGUGAGGGAGAUAUUUUACCUAAAGAGGUACCUGAAGACUUUUAUACAAAUAGAGAUUUCCUUGAACGAGUACAUACAGCAUUAUAUGAAUUAAAUGUAAUUGAAGGAAAGCUCAUUUGUCCAGAAACUGGUAGAGAAUUUCGAAUAAAAUUAGGAAUACCAGAUAUGACAUUUUCAAUUGGAAAAAAAAUGAUGGAUUCUACAUUAUUUGGAUUAAAUGAUUUUGAUAUAUAUAGAAAUAAUAACUCUGAUAGUUUACAUUCGAAUUACGUAUAUAAAUAUGCCUUACCUUUUGAAAAAAUUGAAGAUAGAGUUGAAAAAACAAAAUUUUUUCAAAAUUAUUGGUAUCAUUCAAUAACAAUUUCAACUUUAUAUUUUAUUGCUAUUAAAUUACUACAAAAGGUAAUGAAAAAAAGAGAACCAUUUAAACUAAAAUAUUCAUUAUUUUUGUGGAAUUUUAGUCUAGCAAUUUUUUCUAUUAUAGGAACUAUAAGAUUUGCUGAAGAUUUUCUUUAUAAUUGGUAUACUCAUGGUUUUACAUGGUCAAUAUGCCAUUCAUGUAAUCCUGAUAGUGUAGCAGCUUUUUGGUCACUUGCUUUUUGUAUUUCUAAAGUCGUAGAAUUAGGUGAUACAUUAUUUAUAAUUUUACGUAAAAAGCCAUUAAUAUUUUUACAUUACUAUCAUCACGCAGCUGUCCUUGUUUAUACAGUUCAUUCUGGAGCUGAACAUACAGCUCCAGGGCAAGUAUUUAUAACAAUGAAUUAUUUUGCUCAUUCAUUUAUGUAUAGUUAUUAUGCUAUUACUGCUCUAAAUAUCCGUCCUCCAAAAUUUAUUUCAAUGGCUGUAACGACAAUUCAAACUACACAAAUGUUUCUUGGUGUUGCUGUAACAUUUUAUGUUUAUAAAGUUAAAACACAAUACAAUAUUCCAUGUCAACAAAGUAUUCCAAAUCUGUAUUUAGCUUUCUUCAUAUAUGCAACUUUUGGAGUCCUGUUUGUCAAAUUUUUCAUUGAAAAUUACUUUAUUAAAGAAAAACAAAAACAAAAAGGACAUAUGAAGAAAGAUUAA